CCUUGUGAUACUUGUGCCAUUGUUGAUCAUGUGGAAGUAGUUGCUUGUGACACUUUGACCAUGCCAUGCUAUGAGUGUUUCGAUUUCUAUCCUAUUGCUUGCAAUAUGUCGAACAAUUUCUCUUUCCAAUGUAUUGCUUGCAAUGUUGAUAAUGAUGCUUGUGUUGUGACAAUCUUGCCGAACAAUUGUUCUUUUCCUAGGUUUGUCGACAACAAUGAUCAAAUGUUGAACAUGUUUUGUGCUACAUGCUUGCAAUAUUCUCCCAUUAAUGCAACCAAAAUGAUGAACAAUUUCUCUUUCCAAUGCUUGGCUUGCAAUAGUGUUAAUAUGCUUGUAAAUGAGAUUGCCCCCAUAGCUCUCUCAAAUUUUGGAGACUUUGCAUAUAUCCAUGUUGAGCAUGUUCCCAUGUUUACCCCGCAUAUUCACCAUAUCUAUUAUGAUGCAUUUCUUAAUGCUAAUGGUGAUGUGCAAAAGAAAUGGAACAUCAUGAUGGAUGAUGUGUUCAUAUACCAUGCACACACGUUGUUCUUGUUGUCUAACAUGUGUGUAGGUACCCAAACUCCAAUGUCAACCUCGAUUGAGCACGAGUUGACAAAAAGAGCUCUUGAGAGCAUGAUACAAGUGAGCUCCAAUGAGUGGUUUCGCCCACACACUUCGACUACACAAGAUCUCUCAAUGAGAGCACAACGACACUUCGAUAAGGUGACCUCCUUCAACUUGCGCUCUCUUGCUAUACCCAUGGAACUUCGGCUACUCUUUGAGUGUUGCGUUGCUUGUCUUGUGCUAUUGAUAGGGUUCAUGAUAAGUGAUGCCACAUUCAAGAGUUGUUGUCAUCUCCCACCUCUACCCGGUCAUGAUGAGUUAUCAUCGAGGACGACUCUUUUUCAAGUGGGGGGAGAUGAUACGGGGCGACCUUCGGUCUCCACCGCAUCAUGUGCGUCAACAUCUACACGUCACGCAGAGGUAUGCAUCGCCGAGUAUGGAGGAAGUGAAUGACGCCAUGGAGGCUCGAGGACUCAAGGUCAACGUCAAGGUCAUGGGAAGCAUGGAAGAGAUCGUCAAGGAGAAGGGGACGCGCCGCGAAGGCCGGCACUGCCGUUCAGGACGACCGGCACUGCCGCCCAUCUCCACCGGCACUGCCGCCCUACCACUACACCUGAGGAAGACGGCACUGUCGCCAUGCCUACGCCGACACCGCCGUCCCCACUAUGAAGCCCAUGAGCUGAACCAUCCCACUAUGCUCUUUGUAUGCCUAAACUACCCCUCCUCUAGUGGUUCCCUAUAUAUAGGCUCCCACCUCCCCCUUCAUGAGGUUAGGAAUGAACUUGAGAGAACCUAGGCUCAUGCCUCCACCAUCCCUUUGGGAUUAGGGAAACCCCCUCCUUAGAUUAUCCAAAUCUAUUGUACAAGGCACUCCUUAUAUGAUUAGUCUCUCACACUUGUGAUUCUACCA